AUGCCCAGGGAGAACGCGCACCUUGUAGACGAAGCCACAGCCUUUGAGGCUUUCACCCAAUACACGGAAAUCUCUGCAGAGGAAGAGUUCACCAGGAUAUCGGCAGCGUGCGUUGCAUACCUCGAAGACGACCGCAAAUCUAGUUUCGAGGCUUUCGUACCGGACUGUCAUCUAUACGACCAAUAUCCUUGUAUCGCGCGACGUCCCGACCGCGGUAACAUAUAUGCACCAAACUACGAAUGGCCUGGUACCGAUCGAGCAGCUGGCAUUCUGUGA